AUGACUGUCACCGAGACAAUAAAGCAUGCCGUCGGUCUCAGCGACGAGCCAGCGAAGGCUACGCGCGAGGAGAUGAGCGCCGCCAGACUACCACUGCCUUAUCGAGACGGAUGCGCACAUCUUCUGAUCCCGUUGAACCAGUGUCGGUACGACGAGUACUACCUACCAUGGAAGUGCGAGAACGAGCGACAUUCAUACGAGAAGUGCCAAUACGAGGAGUUCAAGCUGCGAGUCAAGAAGAUGGACGAGUUGAGGGCCGCCAAGGGUGGAGAGCGAAGCAACUAG